AGACUGGCGGUCCAUGGUUAUUUGGAAGUGAAUUUACUGUCCGAAUAGAUUUACCUAAAACUGAUAGUAUCACAUACACUCUAAAUUGCCCAAAUACGGCACCUAUGAGGACAUGGUCUGUUAUGUUUUUAGUAUUUACAGGGAAUAAUGAAUCUUUUUAUCAAGAUUUUUGUUUAAAUAGUGGUGAUAGAAAAAGAUCUGUUGAAUUAAGUAAAGCCAAAAUAGUGCAUGACGUUG